AUGGCAUUUUUGAGUCGCUCUGUUCUGGGACCUCCAGUAGUUCUUUGCGUGUGUGAUGAUCUUAAGGCUCUUUUCGUGUGUGAUGAUCGUCAGGCUCUGACCUACGGAUAUGUCCUGGCUCGAAUAGACCGGUCUAUAAUGACCGAUCUACUACUCGCUGACCAAGCUCUACGUGAACAUACGCAACACGAGGAAGCCUUACAAAAGGCUACAGCUAUCAUGUCUGACAACACUCAGCUUCAAGAAGUGAAGAGGCAACUUGAAGAAGUGAAAUCCGAAUAUCCCAGAAAAGAGCCUCUUGUCCCCGAAACUUCCCGUGGUCACCAGCGUAACCGCUCAUCGCAAUCAUCUAUGGAAAUUCGGGUCCUCACUCACCUUGAGCAGGCCGAAAGCGGCCUAGCGGCUACAGAACGUUUGGAACGCUAUGUUCGACAGAUGCAGGCAGAGGUCGGCCUCCACGAUUCCCGAAAUGCCGCCAUCCACAACGCAAUAGAGGCAGACAACUAUGCCGAGCUUGUCGUCCCUGCUCGAGCAUUCAUCCCAACCACCACGGCCGACAACCACCAGGCCCAAUUCGAUCGCAUCCUUACAAUGAUCAACAAUGUCAAGGAGCAGUUCGUCAUCCAACGAACUUGA